GGAGGGGAGUUUGGGGGGGGGGGGGAGCGAGAGCCGCGGCUGCCCGCGAGUAACCCCGGCGGCGGGCAGCGGCCGUGACGCGCUCCCCCCCCCCCCCCCCUCCGCGUCCGUCCUCCCCCCCCCCCCUCCCCUCCCCUCCGCGGCGUCCCCAAGAUGGCGGCGCUGAGCAAAUCCAUCCCCCACGGGUGCUACGAGAUCGGGCACACCUGGCAGCCCCGCUGCUCCCUCGCCGUCCUGCACGUCACGCAGGGGGCGCUGGCCGAGUCCCUCCGCAUCUACGGCACCCUCUACCUGAUUGCAGCUAUUCUCAGGAAAAGAAAACUUGACUAUUAUUUGCACAAGCUGCUACCUGAGAUCUUGCAAUCAACCUCCUUUCUGACAGCAAAUGGGACCUUGUAUAUUGCUUGCUUUUGCAUUCUAAGGAAACUACUUGGAAAAUUCUACUUUUGGUCUCCUGGUUUUGGUGCUGCUUUACCAGCUUCUUACAUGGCUAUCCUCAUUGAAAGGAAAAGCAGGAGAGGACUCCUCACAAUUUACAUGGCCAAUCAAGCCACAGAAACGUUGUUCCGAAUGGCGGUAGCAAGAGGAGCUAUUACACCUUUAAGACACGGAGAAGUACUGUUGUUCUGCAUCACAGCUGCUCUGUUCAUGUUCUUUUUCAGCAGGGGAAUGUGGAGAACCAAAUUUAUUGCUGUGGCUCCUCGGUUCUUCUGCUGCUUUAGCUCCAGCCUCAACUCUCGCCAAAGCCAGGCUGAGAGCAGCGAGCGUUUCUGCUCCGUUAUCAGGUGCAAAGAUGGCUUGAAAGGAUUUACAUACUCUGCACUGAAGUUCAUUGUAGGGAAAGAAGAAAUCCCAACUCAUUCAUUUUCACCUGAAGCAGCAUUUUCAAAAACAGAUAGAAAGAUAAAGCAUUGUGAAAAAAUAUCACAACGAAUGAACUUAUUGGCUCUAACAAAAAAGCUCAUGGACAAAGUGUGCAAACAUGGCCCAAGGCAUAGAUGCUGUAAACACUAUGAAGAUAAUUGCAUUUCAUAUUGUAUUAAAGGCUUCAUUAGGAUGUUUAGCAUUGGUUACCUGAUCCAGUGUUGCCUUCGGAUUCCAUCCACCUUCCGGCAUCUAUUUACAGAGCCAUCCCGGCUACUUUCACUCUUCUACAACAAGGAAAAUUUCCAGCUUGGAGCUUUCCUGGGAUCUUUUGUCAGUAUAUACAAAGGUACUAGUUGCUUCCUGCGCUGGGUACGAAACCUAGAUGAUGAGCUUCAUGCACUUGUAGCUGGGUGUCUAGCAGGAAUUUCUAUGAUGUUCUACAAAAGUACUACUAUCUCUAUGUAUCUGGCGUCCAAAUUAGUAGAGACUAUAUACUUCAAAGGCAUUGAAGCAGGGAAGGUUCCCUAUUUUCCUCAUGCGGACAGCAUCAUCUAUGCCAUUUCUACAUCAAUAUGCUUUCAGGCAGCUGUCAUGGAAGUUCAGAAUCUGAGACCUUCAUACUGGAAAUUUCUUUUACGACUAACGAAGGGCAGGUUUGCUUUGAUGAACAGGAAAGUUUUAGAUGUAUUUGGUACUGAAGCAUCUAAGAACUUCAAGGAUUUCACGCCUAAGCUUGACCCGAGAUACACUGUUGUACCACCAGAGCUACCUCUGGAGCUAUCUUGAAGAUGAUAGUAUACCUUGUCAUUGAAUGUGAUCAGCGUUUUGUCCUGAAAAGUUAAUUAACUUAACAGUCAUAUAUAUGGAGGAGGGCUUGGGCUCCACUUCAGUAUUAUUUCAAUGAGAAAUGCUUUUUACCAAUCAAAAAUACUGGAGCUUUGUAGGAAAGUGUGGCUUAGUGAUUAAGCCCAUUCCACAUACAGCAUAUAUUUCUGGGUUACUGUAGUUGGUUGACAGUAUGGUAGAUUCCUGAAUGAAUUAAACAAAUGAGUAAUAUAUUUAGAGAAGUAAAACAUACAUAAAACAUAAAUAUGCAUAAUAAUUUCAAAAAUUCUAUAGUCCAGACCAGAAGAAUAUUUCUUGGUAAAACUAAAAGCAAUUUUGGGUUUAGAAAGGAAGACAUAAAGCAUAGGUUAGGUCCAGAAUUGUUCCUGAUCUUAAAACUAUUGUAGUCUGGUAAAAACGUCUCCUUGUCUUUCUAAAUUGCGUUGCUGAUUUAUCUGAAACGAGCCACUGCCCACUCAUUAUUUAAAAAGACAAUAUUUUUACAGAGCUAUGGUUGCAAAGUAAGGCAUUCCUUAGUAAAAAAAAAAAAAAAAAGGAAAAAAAAAAAGAAAAAAACAAAAAAGCAUAUUAGUGCAGAAAUCACAUUCCAGGGCUGUAAAUCCCAGUGACGAUAUGGAUAACAGACAAGGAAAAUAAAAAGGCAAUACCAGUGACUUGUGCGCCAUAAGGAGCAGCAGGGUGUGGUGGUUUGUAUCUGCCAAGUGGAAAAUGACAAAACAGGCAGGGGAAGGAAUGAAAUGUUUCAGCCUCCGAGAUGGUGCUGGAAACAGCAGACGGUUACAAAAAUAAAAAAGCCAAGAACAAAACAAAACAAAAAAAUCCUCCAAAAUAUCCUGAAAUUAAAUGUUUAUUUUUAACGGGCUUGACGUUGUCCAUUUAGAUGGCAUUGGCUUGUUUGUCAAGCUGCAUACCAGCUAGCAUUUCUAGUGGCCUUUAAAAGGGAACUGACCCCUGAGGUUAGAUUGUUUUGACGAUCAUAUUAAUAGUAUUUUUACCUUGUACUUGGAGAAUGGUUUUCUGUUGGCCCAUCAGACAGCCGUGACUGUGACAGUUACUUUAAACUUAAUAUAGUACUCAAUGCAAAUAAAUACCUAUUCAAAUUCCAUCUCAUUUUUACCCUGCGUAUAUUUCUACAGAUAAUAGUUUGUGUUCUAAAGCAAGACCUUGACAUGCUAAUUGCCUUUUUGCUUUUGGGGGCUUUUUUUUUUUUUUAAACUAGAGUCCGUUCAGGUGAUGCUGAAUGGUGUUUGCUACCUUAGAGCUUAAUGGAAAGAUGAACUAUGUUCACAUUCAACUGAAAAGACACAUGGUAAGCUAGGGAAUAAAAAUUACAGUAGGUUGCAUGUAUUUUAAAAAGAAAAACAAAGAAGUAAUCAAUGUUUCUGUUGGAAGUCUUUGUCAGAUAAUAUGAAUUGGAUUAAUUAAUAGAAUCUUUGUCUUGUAACACUGUAAUCCUACCCCAGCCUUAUGCAUAUUUUAAUUGCCAUUAGUUUAAUUUCCUGUUACUGACUAAACAGUAAUUUUUAUUGGAUUUACAGAGAUGUCAUGAAAAUUGUACCAGUCUGUGCACAAAAUCUGCUUCUUCAUCAGCUACUGCAACAGUGAUGCUUUAUCAUUGUUUCUAAAGGUGCUUCAACCUUUAAAACAGCAGUUGUCCAGUUAGCGUGAAUACGAUUCUACAAGCUAGUUUGUAUGCAAUAUUUUAUUGCUUGAAAUAUUAUAUUAAAAUUCCUCAAAAGGAAAUAAAAGUUAAUUCAACAAGAAGUUUAAGAGGAUCGUAAAAAAUUUGUAGUGUUUUUCCACUGGAAUAUGGUCUAAAAUAUUUGACCAUGUAAAGUCUGAAAAGUUAUAUAUUUUAGGUAAUAUGUUAGAACUCACACAAUAUAUUAUAAAUACUUUCUAGUGUAACUAUAUACUGUUCUCAGACUUCAAAAUAUUUUAUAAAUGGAUUAAUUUUCUUCACUGGAAUGACAAUUGUGAUUGUUUCUCUAUUUGAGUUAAAAAAAAUGCAAGUACUACAUCUCAGCAGCUAAACAAGUUUUGUCUAAGUUUUCUUGCUUCCAGAAUUCACAGUCCUUGUUUUAUUUUCAUGUAAUAUAAAAAAUAAAAAAACUUAAAUUAUUUUUAUUCAAAUCAAGUAUAUGUAAGAAAAAAAAAAUAAAGUCCUAAUGUUUUUCCCAAUAAUAAACUGUUGCUGCUUGAAAAAAGUGA